AUGAAGGCAUCACGCUCUCUCCUCCUUUCAUGUAUCGUGCUCUUCGCCGUCGUCCAGGCUGCGUCCUCCCACUCGACGCACGACCUCCAGCGACGGCAAGGCCUGUUUGGAGGCCACGACGAUGAUACAACGACGACGGCGGCGACGGAGACCACCACUGCGAAGACAGACGAGACCACGACGCAGAAGGAGACGGACACCGCGACGACGAAGGAGGCGACCACUACUGCUGCGGAAACGACAUCCACGGAGGCUACGACCACCCAGGCCACCUCUACCACCCAAACCGGUACAUCGACUACGCAGGGGACUACAUCUGCAACACAGACAACCGGUACAACAUCCAAGACGGAUGGGGACAAUACGUCGACCACCGCGGCGACCACUACUUCCUCGCGCGUCCCAGUGACAAGCCAUAUCACCACCACUGGUGAGGACGGUGAUGUGGUCACGAUCACCACGACUCCUCCGGUUCAGUCGGGCGCGGAUAGCACGUCGUCUAGCUCCGCAGCACCGUCAGAAACGUCCAAGGCUGCCGAUGAUGACAAGGGUCUCUCCACCGGAUCCAUCGUGGGCAUGUCGGUCGCUGGCGGCAUCGCGCUCAUUGGGAUCAUCGCCUUCUUCGUAUGGAAAUUCACCCGGAAGCGGUUUGCGGACUAUGAUGAUGAGGCGAUCAAAUGGCCUGAGCUCAACGCUCACCCUGGCGACUCCGACGCCCCGUCUCACGCCAUGCCCGUUAACCCGACCGGCCGCUUUGGUAUCAACGACACCGCAUCCGAGGUAUCCCUCUCUCGUUCACCGUCCCAGACGGCGUAUUCGACCAACUACUCCACCGCCGAUCUCUCCACCAACGACCCGUAUGCUGUACCCCCGCUGCCCCAUCUCAACCCGAACUCAGGCAUGCCCUACCGGGACGACCCAAAUACUGGCUACUACGACCCGUACCGUGGCCCGGUUCCGCAGACGUUCAACGACGGCACAGGCCAAUGGCAGCAAGGCGAGGCGAUCCCCAUGACCCAGAUGGCGCCGCCAGUAUCUGGCCGCCUGAGCCCCGGCCCAUCACUCGCAUACGGUAUGGACGGGCGCGUCUCGCCAAACCCAUCGAUGAUGCGCGCCGCGUCGCCAAACCCAAUGAUGGCCUCGCCGAACCCGAUGAUGGCGACGCGAGCGGCGAGCCCAGGGCCCGCCAUGGCGUACGACAUGGGCCGCCGUUCGCCCGGGCCGCAGGCGGCCUACGGGUUGGGCGCGCAGGGCGCAUACGACGUCGCGCGGUAG